AUGAAAACUGUCAUCGUUCUCUCCUUAGUUGGUGCUGCCCUGGGGGCGCCCACCAAAACCAUUGAGAACCGCCAGCUCAGUAGCGUGGGGAGUGGUCUUGGAUCUAGCAGUGCCUGGGUGCCCCGUCGUCCCUCCUUCCAAGCUCCGGCAGCGGUCUUAGCUCUCUGGGUUCUGGCGGCAGUAACGGUCUCGGUGCCCUAUCCGUCACUCCUCCCCAGCUCUGGCAGCGGCCUCGAAUCCCUUGGUGGGUCCAGCAGUGAUAGCGGCUGGGGUGCCCUGUCUUCUCUGAUUCCAAGCCUGGGCUCAGGUCUGAGUGACGCUUCCUCCGACUCCGGGAUCAGCAGCCUGCUAGGAGGCAUCGCUAAGCGGCAGCUCACUGGCUCGAUGACAGCCAACGACGUCACUGAUAACGCGGGCUGCAAGGCACUGACCUUCAUCUUUGCACGGGGAAGCGAUGAGAUGGGCAACAUGGGCUCCAUCGUUGGGCCCGAGGUUGCGACUCAGUUGAAGUCGCUGACCGACCACAAGGUCAGCGUCCAAGGUGUUACUUACAGUGCGACCGCCGAGGUAUGUGUACUCCCACCCGAUGAUAUCAAUUCAUGUUUGCAUUGUUGGUCGUGGAAUCAGACUGAUGAGUCAACACAGAGCAACGUUGCGCUCGGUGCCAACGGCGGCCCGAUUAUGGCCAACCUGGUCGAGACGGCUCUCAAGCAGUGCCCCAACACCAAGGUGGUGCUAGGUGGAUACUCGCAGGGAUCGAUGGUCGUGCAUAAUGCGGCGAACAGACUCACCGCGAGCCAGGUGUCUGGUGCUGUUCUCUUUGGCGACCCAUUCAAGACCGAGGCCGUUGGUAAGCUCGCGAGCAGCAAGGUCAAGGAGUACUGUGCCAGCGGCGACCCCGUCUGCGGGAAUGGAUUCAACGUUAUGGCGCACUUGUCUUAUGGCAGCGACGCGAAGGAGGCGGCACAGUUCCUCAUCCAGGCCGCCGGACUUUCGACUUCCUCGUGA